UUCAUGAGAGGUCGCAUCCUGGAACUACUUCGUCUCCAGGUGUGUGAACACACCUGAGGUUGUCCACCGGCAUCUAAACACACCGACGUGACUUUAGCAGAAAACAAGAGAACAGGAGGAGAGCGCACAGAGCAGAGAAGAGAAGGAAAGACGAGGAGCAGACAGUCAGCGGAGCAUCGGCACGGCAACAGAGGACAGAGGAGAGAAGAAGAAGAAGACAGUGAACACAACAUCCAGAAGAUUUUCAGCAGCAGCAGCAGCAGUGGCAGGACAUCUGUGACAUCUGUGUCUGUCACACAGUUCACAGCAAAGCAGAAGCAACAGAUUGUCCUCAGUUGCAAUUGUUGCUGCAGCCGACGCUCUCCCGGCUGAUCCGGGGUUCGGAAACGAAGCUGAUUUGCAGCAGCUCCUGCAGCCGCCGUCCCCCGGGUUUUGAAAGUCAGUUUGUCUCGGUGGCAGAGAUGCACGAGGAAAUGACAACGCCGCGAGACGGAGACAAAAAGCUCUGAUUCAGUCGAGGGGAGCAACUGCUGGGCGUCAACAUCACCUCCGCCGCCGCCGGCGUCUCCUCCCAUCCUCCUUCCUCCAGCAGGUUCUGAAGAAGAGCAGGCGUCCGAGCGGUGAAUGCACAAACAGGAGGAGGACGUGAGAUUGACAUGCAGAGAGCAGAGUUCAGGGAGUUUCACUGUGAAACAACAAGAGCAGGAUAUCAGGCUUCAUCAGCGUGAGACUCGGCUCCAGACGUCAGACAGCCCAUCAGACUGACACCUGGACAGGAGAGCGAGGAAGAGGAGGAUGAGAACGGAAACAAAACAAGAAUCCAAACACUAGAGGAGAUGACAGGAAGUCAGAGAUUUAACUCUGCUGCACAAAGUCACACGUAGAUAUUCAGUUUAUUUAUUUAUCAGAUCAAGUGAAACCAACAGAAACGUAUCUCCACAUUUUAUUUCUGGGAUGAUUUUGCGUCACUGGAACCUGCGUCUAAACUGAGCAACACCGACAUCUUUCUUCCGCCGCCGCUCGCUGACAGGAAGUUUCAGCACCGAUCAGUCGGUGUGAGAAUCUUUGGGUUUCUUGCUCGACUCUUUUGUUUCCGGGGUGAGGUGGAUCUGCCGUGGGGGGCAGCUGACAGCCAUCCAAGACGCCGCGAGCCGUACUCCGCGUGAAGAAUGCCCAGCCGCGCUUGGCCAAGCCGGCCGACCCGGGCCCGACGGCGGGCCUCUACAUGGAGCGAUCGCAGAGCCGCAUCAGCCUGUCGGCGUCCUUCGAAGCCCUCGCCAUCUACUUCCCCUGCAUGAACUCCUUCGACGAGGACGAUGGGGUGGACACUGAGGGCAGGAAGCUGAAGGGGGGAAUCCAGAGGAGCACGGAGACCGGUCUGGCCGUGGAGAUGCCGAGUCGGACCGUCCGCCAGGCCAGCCACGAGUCCAUAGAGGACAGCAUGAACAGCUACGGCUCCGAGGGCAAUUUGAACUACAGCGGCAUGUGUCUCGCAUCUGACGCCCAGUUCAGCGACUUCCUGGAUGGGAUGGGACCCGCCCAGUUUGUCGGGCGACAGACGCUGGCGACCACUUCCAUGGGUGACGUAGAGAUCGGUCUGCUGGAGAGGAACGGAGGUCUGGAGGUGGAGGUCGUCCAGGCCAGAGGACUCACCAUGAAACAAGGUUCAAAGGGACCUCCAGCCGCCUACAUCAAAGUUUACCUCCUGGAGAACGGCGUGUGUGUGGCCAAGAAGAAGACCAAGUCAGUGAGGAAGAGUCUGGAUCCUCUCUACAACCAGGUCCUGGUCUUCUCCGAGAGCCCUCAGGGGAAAGUGGUGCAGGUGAUCGUUUGGGGCAACUACGGACGGAUGGACCGCAAAUGCUUCAUGGGCGUGGCCCGAAUCCUGUUGGAGGAGCUGGACCUCAGCACGAUGGUGAUUGGCUGGUACAAGCUCUUUCCUACCUCCUCCAUGGUGGACCCGACGAUGGCGCCGCUCAUCCGCCACUCGUCCCAGAUGUCCCUGGAGAGCACCAUCGGGCCCUGCUGUGAGCGCUCCUAAGACUCACGUCAACACUUAAAUCUGUUGUUGUUGCGACUAAGAUUUCGUUGCCGUCUCUUUUUAUACGCCCUGUAACCUUGUGCCCCGGGUCAGCCGGGCGGCGCCGCCUCUGGAGCGGGUAGUCGUUAAGAAUCACUUCGACAGGUCCAACCACACCGGGGAACGAAUCACUCCCCUGAUCGGGAAAUUAUUUUACAAAUCAGUAGGUAGUUCUGGCUCUCAUUGGAAAUCUACUGUUUCUUUUGAUGUCGUAUCAGACUGUUUCCCGAGGACUCAUGGGAAACACGUUUCUUUUGUUGUUGCAGCCCCUCCCACGCACAGGAACACUUUGCUCUCUUCAGAUCUCUUUGAUGAAAAAACAAAACCCUCCUUAAUGAGGAUACUUCAAACAGACAUUGAUCACAUCCUCCUGGGACCAUGAUGCACCGCGGCCUCAGCUUCGCUUCACAUUCGAUUCUCACUUCCAGGAACGCUUGUCUGUCUGUCUGUGUCCUCAUGAAGGGACCGGACAGACCUGGGUGUCCACGUGUCCGGGGAGAAGGUGGGACUGUCUUCGGGUCGUCUGAGACUCUGGUCUCCAGGUGGGAGGGGGGGCAGGAUCUGAAGAGGACCGAAGAGAAAGAUGACAGAACGUUUCCAACACUGACCUGAGUUGUUUUUGUUUCCUGUGUCACACAUUUGACCUUCAGUAGCAGUCAUGUGACAUGAAUCAAAUCCUCCUUCAUCGUCUGGAAGGAUCUAGAACUGAACCGGAUCAAUGGGAUCCAGAGUUCUGCAGCCAGGUCUAGGUCUCGGUAAAAGCACGUUCUGAGUUCUCGACCAUCUACCGUUACGAUCGAAGGGUUUGAACAUUUUCAUUGCAAUCGAUCAAAGUAUCAGCUGAGUGCAAUCUUUUGUGGGAGGGGCUAAGUGGAAUCAGCUGGUGCUGUGAUUAGUCGGAAUGAAAACCUGCAGCCACAUUUUACCUGCUGGUUUCUGGACUCUGGAACAGAUAUUUACAGAUUAUGUCAGUCACUUCAGGAGGAGGUUUUGGGAUUAAAGUGCAAACUAAAUUGGAUGUUAUGCAUGAGAUAUUUUAUCUCCACCCGUCCAUUUUCUUCUGGUUAUCCGGGGGUGGGGUCACGGUGGCUUUCAGCUCCUCCUGGAGGAUCCCGAGGCGUUCAAAGACCAGAUGGGAUUUGUAAUCCCUUCAGCGAGUUCUGGGUGUACUUCAAGGUCUUCUCCCAGUUUUGUAAACAACAUGGCGGCUGUCGGACCGGCCCUGCUAGCUAGUCAAACCUCCGUCCUCCUGAGUAAAGCUCGUUGACGGGAACACAACGAACAGGACCGACGGGCUGUGGAGAACACGGGCUUCAGUCUGUGGGAUCUCAGUCCAGCUCUGGUGGGUCUGGUGGAAGGAGGCAGACAGACAGGAAGCAGCUGGGGAGGACGUUGACCGGGUUAACCAAUGAGGAGGUGCCAGUUCCAACAGUCAUACCUUGACUCAAGUUAAGGACAGCGAUGGAGCGUGGAAGGGGUUGCUAUGGAGACCGCUACAACCCACCAGUCCCGACACCCAGCUGACACACCGGAAGUCGACUGGAGUGAGACCUGAACUCAGAUCCUGGUGCCAGUUGCACAAAACACCUUAAGUUAAGAUUUUCCUUAAAGUCUGAAUUAAGAUUUCCUUAAAAUAAAAACAGUUGCAAAAACACCCUUAAGUUUUCUCCUUAAGGUUUCCUUAAAAUGUUCCCUUAAAUAUUUUCGGUUUUCUCCUGAUCUUAGUCUUAAACUUAAGGAAUCACUUAAAGUCAGUUGAACUGUUGCACAAAAGACCUUAGAGACUAAAGUUCACCUGGUGAAGUUCCCGUCACCAGCUUCCCAAAGGUGAUCACAGAUAUCACAAGUGCUAAUGGCAGCAAAUCAAUGGUCUCCAUGGCAACAGUAGGAUUUUACCGCUGUAAAAUUUCUUUCAUUGCUGCAAAUUACCUUAACUUUUUUCAUUAAUUAAGGAAACCUUGAAGAGAUUCUGUGUAACACCCUUAAGUAACCCCCUCAGCCGAGGAGAAAUUUAACCUUAAGUGUCAGACUUAAGGAGAAAACUUAAGGUGUUUUGUGUCUCCGCCUCCUCUGCCCCCACAUGCUAACACAGAGGGAACCAGGCAGAUGUAGAGGCUCUGGUUUCUCUCAUGGGGAGGGAGGAUGUUCCUCUCGGCCUGCCGACACCACAACAUGUAAUAUUUGAUUAGAUUUGCAUUUAGAAUUAAAAACAGAUGAAACGUGGUUAAAACCUGAUCAGGGUACGAUCCAGAUUCAACAGGCAGAACCAGCCUGGUCUAAACGGGGUCAUUUCCUUUGAUUCAGUUCAGUUUCCACACUCUGACACACGAUGCUGACAGUGUAGGGCUGAAAACCUGCUGUAAAUCCCAGUGUAUCUGUAGUGAGCUCAGACUCUAGAAGUAGAUUUUUAAGAUUCCUCCUCUCCUUUUUGUUUUUGUUUUUAAAGUUUUGGCUAACGGUUAUUUGAGAACAGUUUCUACUGUGCCAAUUUCUACCAGCAAGUGUCUUCUCCUUCCUCUUCCUCCGUCACCUCACGGCACGUGAGGGAGGAAACAGAAACAACCCGCUCACACCAUCUCGACAGCAGUAUUCAGGCUGCGCACAGAAGCGUCACUUUUAUUCUAAAUUACAGCCCUAAUCCACAGACCGAGGAGGCACCUGGUGAUUAGCCAUGCUACAGCGUGGAGGGGGGAGGGGAGGAGGGAGAGAGGCAGGGAGGGAGGGAGGAAGCAUGAAAUGUUCCUCAUCCAAACAAAGGAUCUGUUCUGGACAGAUGUGAAGUUUCAGAAAGGAUGAAUUUAAAGGGAACACAACGUGCACACUGUAGAGACAUUUUUAGUUUAUUAAAGAGCAGAAGUUCAUGUGUUUCAUUUGGGCACUUUAUGAUUCUUAAUGUCUUUUUUUAAUGUGUAAAUAUUAACGGCUGUUCGUGUCUUUCGGAGUGAGCCAAAGUUCAUCUAUAACGACUUAGCUGAUUCACGUUAAAGGGACGGGAUAUCCUCGCUAGUUAGCGUAAGAUUGUAGCAUUAGCUGGUAGCAUCUGCAUGACUGAUUAAACCUUCUAACUGAUUAGCAGACAACUCGAUAAGACUUAGCAUGAGCUGAACGCUACACAGAGAGAGGAAACGCAGCCGGAGGAAAACACAUGUAGCAGUUUAAUUCAGAUUUUUACUAAAGAGACUGACUCUGUUUCAUUUGGGGCUUUUUUUUCUUUCACAGACAAAAACUGAAAUCUGUAAAAAAUAAAAAUAAAAAAAUAAGGAAAAAAAUAUCAAAUUUUUUUGCAAAUGAAAUUUUGUUUUUUAACGUCUAGGAAGAUUUCAGAUCAAAAUCGAGUUUCUUGUACUCAGACUAAUCCACUAAUGUUUUAACUAAACCAUGGAUUCGGAGUAAUUUUACUCUGAGAAGAAAAAAACUUUGAAAAAGUGGCCUCUGUUUUUCCAGUAGCAGUGUUGCAGGGAUGUUAAUAAUAUUAUCUAUUUCCAAACAAAUUAGCCACAUUCUGUAAAGCAAUAAUCAAACAAACAUCCAGUCAUUGCAGUUUUCUUUAGUUGCUCAGUAAAACUGUGUAAAAUGACGAGUUUGGUCAGUGGUUUUCACGUCAAUCAGAUCUGACGAGACUUUUUAAAGGUCCAUAUUUUCUAUAUAAUAAAAUAUCCAUAUUCAAAAGAAGAUAUAUUUAAACCAUCUCCAUGUAGUUUUACAUCUCCUCUCUCAGGCUUCUGAGAGAUCUGAGUGAUCCAAUAAAAAUAAAGCAGAUUUCAGGUAAAAACACUCAGAGAAACCAAAUCCUACAAGGUUUGGAUGGUGGGUCCAGGUGGGCGGGGCUUGGUGACUGCUUUGUUGUGACAUCACAAAGUUCCAGAAGUCCUGACGGCUGGUUUUAAGGCUCAGUUUCUGAAUACAGGCUGUGUGCAUUUCUCUGUGGACUGAGGCUUUGAUACUUUCACAGUAUUAAUAUAGAAGCUAGAGCUGAUCUAUAAUCUAUAAUCACACUACACAUGGACACAGACCUUUAGCCUGGAGGAGCUUUAAAUAAUCUUGUGACAGAAAAAAAUGUAAGGCAGCAGGUUUAUUCUGAAUUAAAAAAAAGAAAAAGAAAAUAUCUCUGAAGGUCUGAUCACAUGACCUGAAAACCACUAGUUCACGUCAUUUAACUGCAGCACGUUCAUGUUUUGUUUUUUUUAUUAUUCCAGGGAGAGCAUCAUGUCGUUUCUGAGGAUUUCUGUGAAAUGUAUCACCCCAUGAAACAUCAGAAUUUCUGAUUUGAAAAAUGCAUGAUAAUUUUUCACAACAGAAAUUUGUUUUAGCUGUGUCCCAGUUCAGAGGCUGAAUCUGAAGACUGACCGCGUCACAGCAGCGCGACUGCACUGUCCCAAGAUUCAUUGCAUCACGGUAAUGAAAAUCAACGUUUUGUGUUCCAGCUCAGUUCAACAGUUUACAGUACAACUGUUAAAACCAAGGACCUUAAAAUCUCAAGCUAUUGUGAAACAAAGUAACAAGUUGUGAAGGUUGCUAGGCAACAGGAGCUCAGACUCAACUGUAAGGGCAGGAACAGCUGGUGACACAAAGAGAAAAUCCUCCGUAGACCAGACCGUCUCAUUCGGUUCAGUCUUCACAGGGUCACACUUUCGUAAACCGAUGCGUCCCCUGAAUUGUGACACAGCCAAUGAAUAGCAUGGAUUUUAAUCUAAUGACUAAUGAAUGGUAGUUAGAACAAAGUGUUUUUUUAUAAACAGAAUGAAUAAAAGGUGAUAUUAGAACAAUAUAUACAUAUAUAAAUAUAAAUAUAUAUCUAAAAUGAUUGAAGUAGUUUAACUGUGACGAGAGGAAUGUGUCUUUGUCCGUGUUCUUUUUUGCCAAAACUCAAACAUAUUUUAGGGCUGAUUUCUCACCUGAGGACCAAUGAGAGAGGAACGUUUACACACGUGGCGUUACAUUUUCUUUUUUCGGUGACCCGUAAGCAGAAUGCAUUCUGGGUAAAACAACAGUAUGAUCUGGAUUUAGUGCAUGUAGAUCAGAGUUAUAGAUGUAACCAUCAUAGCGGUUUCUACAUCAGCUGCCUGUUCAACAUGAGUCAUCUUAAUCCAUGUUUAACAGCUGAUUGGCAACAUGGCGACAGCGUGGCGUGCAUGCAGUGAAUGAUGGGUCGUCUGUGAUGGCUACAGGUGUGUGAACAUGCAUACAGGUGACCCACACAGGAACACUUUCUUCUCUAAUCGUCGCAGAGAGAGGGACAAUAUAUUUCAGGAUGAAGAGCAGUUAAUGUUUGUUUAUUAAAGGUGCUAUAUGUACGUUUUUGCUAUUGCUACAUAGCUAAAAUUAGCAUUAGCAGUGGCGGAAACAAACACCAAUGUUACUCUUGUCUGUAUCACAUCUUUUCUUAUACUGAAGUUAGCAUGCUAACCAGCUAGCUCCGGCCUGGUCGGAACGUUGGCAAAACUGCUAAGUAAACAGCUGUUAAUGCUAACGUUAGCUAUGUAGCAAUAGCAAAACUUACAAAUACCUCCUUUUAAUUGUGUGAUUUUGUUCAUCAAAGCUUCUUGUUCAUCGUCCGAGUUUGUUUGUGACAUUUUGUGUCUUUGGAGGGAAACAAAUGAACCACAGUCUGUUUUUACCCACCCCACCCCACCCCCCCUUUUUUAUUUUGACUGUGUCUGCCACAUGGAUGUUAAUGAUGUAUCUACUACUAUCAAUUGUAAUGUAAGUAGAGGCCUUAAACACACUGAUACACAUUCUGUCAGGGCUACGGACUCAGAAAUGUCACAUGAUGUAAAUGAAACAACGCAAAAAAAAAAAGAGUUUUACACCGUUUCAACCCGUUACUGAGAGUGAUUCAAGUGUCAUCUAUGGAAAUGAUUAAAUGAUUAUCUUUG